CUCCCCGCCGGUGUCCGGGACCGGUCCUGCCCAGCUCAGGACCAAUCCCGCCCAGCCCCGGCCGGCCCUGCCCAGUCCAGGACCGGUCCUGCCCGGCGCGCCGGGUCCACUCCGCCUUGGCUCUCGACGCCUGUCCGUCCCCUCCGGCCGGACACGGCACCAUGCACCUCUCCCACCUGCUGGCCUGGGCGUUGCUGCUGACCCUCCUCUCCCUCCGGGCCGAGGCCAAGCCCCCGUCUCCGCAGAAGGUCCCCAGGUCUCCGGGCGAUGAGGCUUCCGAAGCGGUGGCCGCCAACGGCGGGGGCAAGAGGGGCGACAAGGAGCCGAAGGGGGACCGGCCGCGGCUGCUGCGAGAGCUGCGUCUCGACACCCGGUCCCGGGGGUCCCGGGGGGUCUGGACCCGCCUGCUGCACGACCACCCCAACCCCAGGAAAUACAAGCCCGCCAACAAGAAGGGCCUGUCCAAGGGAUGCUUCGGCCUCAAGCUGGACCGAAUAGGCUCCACCAGCGGCCUGGGGUGUUAAAGCGGCUCCUCCUGCCGGCGGACUGGGAACCAGCACCAUUUUUAUGAGGGCAUCGUUGGUCAUCAGCCUCACAACAUCUGGAAGAAUCUCCAACAGAUGUGGUUUUAUGUUUCUUGUUUGUUUUUUUCCGGUACAGGGGAGACACGACACCAGCUGUUUUAUUAUUAUUAUUAUUAUUGUAAUUGGGGGGGGCGGGGUAGUUCUUAUUGUUUGGGCUUUUUUGAAAAUUAAAAAUAAAAAAGCUAUAUAUUAUAUAUAUAUUAUAUAUACAAAACACCCACAUACACACACACACACAAUGACAAGGGACAGUUUUUCAGAGACAGACAAAAUCAGCUGUAAAACAUUGCUGUUUGUAAAUUCAUGUCAUGCAUAAAUGUAUUUAUGUUGAAAAGCUAUUUAUAUUGUUUAUAAAGAGAUAUUUAUAAAAAUUUUAUUUAUGUAACUAAAUGAACGGAUCCAUCAUUGUAAUGUUUUUGUCCUAAAUAGUUGAAAAAUGUAAAAAAAAAAAAUCAUUCCAAGAA